CCCAUAAGCUUGCGAAAUAUCUAUAAAUAACAAUUAUUUAGAAUGCAGACCUGCAAAGCUUUAUAUACCUGCAAAGUCUUCAACUGCUGCUGUAGAAACUAGCCGUUGCAAAAGAAGCUAAGUAUUGAAAUUAUGAAAAUUGAAAAAAUAUGUAAAGGGUUUAUGCUUCAUUGAAACUAAUGACUCAGCCCAGCGGUUGUGCUUUCAUACAACAAAAUCCUGGGUGAAUAAAGAGAGCAUUGCAAGGAAAGCUCCGUGAUUAAUACUGUGACUGCCACAAAUGCCUCUGCCCGAUUCAGCCAUAAGCACAGACACAGCAGACGAGAGAAGGAAGCUUUGUAAAGACCUGGGCAUGAAUCCAGAUGCCAGAAAAUGCAGGAAUUUGAACAUGAAAGAGGUGAAGUUGAAGGGGCGGCCUGCAUGUAUGAGGAUGGUUAAAGCAUUUCGUUACUAUUUUCAACAUCCAUGGAGUCGGCUGAUCGUGGCUUACUUGGUGACUUUCUUCAAUUUCCUCAUUUUUGCUGAAGAUCCUAUUUCUCACAGUCAGGCUCCAGCCAAUGUAAUCGUUGUUGGGAAUUGCUUUUCCUUCGUGGCAAAUAAAUACCCUGGAGGAGGAUGGAACUUCCUAAAAGUCCUGCUAUGGUUGCUGGCUAUUGUUACUGGCCUCUUUGCAGGAAAAUUCCUCUUCCAUCAGCUCAUGUUUGGUCAGUUUCUUCGUCUAAAGAUGUUCCGAAAAGAUCACGGCUCCUGGAUGGUGAUGCUUUUUUCCAGUCUUCUCUUCCUGUUCAUCUUCUCUCAUAUUUACAACCUGUGCCUCUUAAUCGCUGGAAAUAUGAGUCCCUUCAUCAUUAAUGAAUACAUGGGUAUAAGAAAUGAAAGUUUCAUGAAGUUAGCAGCGGUUGGAACCUGGAUGGGAGAUUUUGUCACUGCCUGGAUGGUCACAGAUAUGAUGCUCCAGGAUGAUUCCUAUCCAGCUUGGGGCAAGACUGUUCGAGCCUUCUGGAGAAAGGGAUAUAACAGGAUUGUCUUGUUCUGGUCGGUCCUGAUCACCUUGACAAGUGUCGUUGUGGUCGUCAUCACCACUGAUUGGAUCAGCUGGGACAAGUUGAAUCGGGGAUUUUUGCCAAGUGAUGAGGUGUCCCGAGCAUUUUUGGCCUCGUUUAUCCUUGUUUUUGACCUCCUUAUUGUCAUGCAGGAUUGGGAGUUUCCACAGUUUAUGGGAAAUUUGGAAAUCAAUCUUCCUGGUCUUUCCACCUCACAUAUUCAAUUAAGACUGCCUCACUUCAAGAAGUUAUUCAAGAAUGAAUACACCAUUUGUAUCACAGGUAAAUGGUUUAACUAUGGCAUCAUCUUUCUUGUAUUGAUUUUGGACCUGAAUAUGUGGAAGAACCAAAUAUUUUACCAGCCAGCGGAAUAUGGUCAGUAUGUGGGACCUGGUCAAAAAAUCUACACGGUGGAAGAUAUGGAGACAUUAAUGGAUUUAAACAAAACCACUCUAAAUUGGGAAUGGAGGUCAACUAAUAUUAACACAGUGACUAACAGGACCUAUGUUCAUGGUGACAUGUUUUUGCACAGCAGGUAUACAGGUGUCAAACUUGGAGUCAAGUGUCUUGCGUUUGUCCCAAGCAUCUUGGCAUUUAUUCUCUUUGGUUUCUUUAUCUGGUUUUUUGGGAGAUUCCAGAAAAGCGAAUUAAUUAACGAUGAACAGGAUAAUUUGUAUAUAAAGAUCAAAAGGAAAUCACCAUCUGAAUUUAGCAAAGAUUUAAAUGAUCCUGGAGAAGAAACACCAAAGCCUAUGACUAUAAACAUUGAAUCACCAAUGUCCACAGGGACGGAGGUGGCCACAGUUAUUGUCCACAGCACUACUCCUGCUUCACCUACUGAAGACCAGGGCACUUUCCUCAAGGAUUCACAAAGCAACAGUACAGUUGACACAAAACCGCCUUCUGAACCUCUGCCCCCUCCUAUAUUGCCUGACCGACUGGCAAAAACAAUAGCUGACCAAAAUGGUGAGACGAAGACUUAAAUCAAGCACAUGCCUUAAGUAGGAAUUUACUUUUUCAUUUUUACACAUUUAUAGAUCUUUGUACAUUUUGUGUUGGUGUGUCACUUUGACUUACAAAAUACUGACCUAGGUUUUAAAAUAAAACAGAGUAACUAAUAAUGUACUGUAGGUGGUGGUUCUGCAAUGGAACAAAGUCACUUUUAUUUUUUAAGAAAAGCAUAAUGUUGUGCCUAUACCUAGACAUUCCUAUGUAGCUUGCCUUUCGCAAUAACACAAAGGUUUGUCUCAAUGCUGUAUUAAAUUGUACUGUAAUAUUGUAUUAAUCUCUAUUGAGGUUAAAAUGAUAAGUACUGUACAUCGUGCCUUGAGAAAAUUCAUUUUGUAUUCUAUUGUCUCAAGGAAGUUUUAAAAAAAAUUGUAGAUUUUCACCUUCACAAAAUAUAAAAUAUUAGCAGUUCUUGAAUAUCUAAAGCGAUUGCUUCUGAGACCAUUGGGGUAUACCUUGUGCUUUGCUGCAUUCUUCUGAGGCAGAAAAUAUUGCUGGGAGUGUUAAUUAUGAUCACUGCAUAAUUGGUAAUGGUGUGGAUAGUAGUGACGGCUGAACCACACGUGAAUAAAGAUUUGUUGAUUAACCUCUUAAUUUUGCUAAACAGGCAGUCUGCCACAGAAUGCAAUGAUGGUUGUGGAAAGAGACACUGCUGCCCUGUGUGCACAACAGUAAAUGAGUAGAAUAUAUAUUAAGAAUUGCAUUGUACCUCUGUAUACUGAAGCACAACAACUGUCUGUAUUGAUAUAUACGUCUAGAUACUCGAAUAAACAGUGAAAUCUUUUCACCUUGUGUUCCUUUUCUGUUUGAAGCUUCACUGAGAUGAUCUUUGACAGUAAUCCCCAACCGGGUGGCGUCAGUAAUGGCUGCCCCGCCAACAGUCUGUGUGUCCCUUCCUUCUUAGUGCUGGAGUAACUCAGUGGGUCAGCCAGCAUCGCUAGAUGUGCAUAUGGAAUGAGCUACCACAGGAGGUAGUUGAGGCAAGUAUUGUGGUUACAUUUAAAAGGCAUUUGGGCAGGUACAUGAAUAGGAAAGAUUUAGAGGAAUAUGGGCCAAAGCUGAGGGAUGUGGGACAAAUGGGUGUAGUGUAGAUGGGGCACUUUAGUCAGCAUGGGUAGGGUGGGCCAAAGGCCGUGUUGCUGUGCUGUUUGACUCAGUGACUGAAUCUAGCUUGGAUGGGGCUUCUUGGACCAUGGCCGAGUUUGGGUCGCUGGGCCUGUAUCCGUGCUGUAUGGAUCUAUGUUCCAGUGGCUUGAGGUAGCUUGUAAGAGAUGCUGACAAUGACACAGAGAUGCUUGUGCUGGAAUUCCAAUCAUUUUCUCCUUAGUCUUGUCAGUAGAGUGUGUUAUCACAAGAACAAGUCUGUUUGAGAUAAGCCACUUGGCAUCUGGAGAAAGCUUUAGUGUAUUUAUCUGAUGCUGGGAUUUGAACCAGGCUAUUUCACCCCUUGGUAUCCACCAUAUCACUUUGUUUAUUCUAUUCUGGCUAUUAAAUCUUGAAGCAUACACAAGAAGAGUUGUGAGGGAUGAUUGGAAGUGGAGUGCAGGUUAACUCUGGUAUGUUUGACAUUUAGAUUACACAGUGGAUUAGUGGGAUGGUCAGCACGGUGGUGCCACGGUAGAGUUGAUGUCCCGCAGCGCCAGAGACCUGGGAUCGAUCCCAACUACGGGUGUUGUCUGUACGGAGUUUGUAUGUUCUCCCUGUGACUGCGUGGGUUUCAUCUGGAAGCUAUUUCCAUUCACCCACCAGUUUCCUCCCACACUCCAAAGGUGCUGGCUCGUAGGUUAAUUAGAAAUGGUCGCUAGUGUGUAGUAUAGUGCGAGUGUGCAGGGUGAGUGCUGGUCACGGGAUGAUCCAGUGGGCCGAAGGGCUUGUUUCCGCGCUGAAUCUCUAAACUAAACUAGUGCACCUCUUUUGCCAUUUGUUGAUUUGCAGUCAGUUCAGGUGCUGUGGCAUUCAUUCACUUUUAUUUUAGUAUGUGUUAAAUGUAUGUUAUUAGUUAUUUUUAGCUUGUUUUAUGAGGGGGGUGGGGGUUGAGGGAAACUAUUUCUAAUCUCUUACCUCGACGGAGAUGCAAUUUUUUCUGUGUUGUAUCUCCAUCCGCACUGCGGCCUAACAUAGAGGUGUUGACGGCCUUUGCUGAAGCCCGACUUUUGAGAGCUCCACCACGGGUGCCUGCGGACUUAAAAUCACAGAGCUCGUGGUCUCUAGUCACAGACCAACUUCGGGAACUCCAAGCCGCAGGAGAUUCGACCGCCCCAACGCGGGAGCUUCGAUCGCUGGCUGCGGAAGCUUUGAUCACCCAGAUGGAUUGUUUGACUGCCCCGACCGUGGGAGAAUAAAGAGAAAGAAAAUUGGACUGUUUGCCUUCCAUUACAGUGAGGAAUGUGGGGAAUCUUCUGUGGUGGAUGUUUGUGUUGACUUUUAUGUAGUUGUUAUCUUGUUGCU